UAUAUCCCCCCUGGAAGCGCUGUGAUCUCUAGCUCGCUGGACAAUUAUUCAUUUUCUUUGCUAACACUGCGCGUAACACCACUGUUUAACUCUCCUAACCAUGGAAGACGUCCAACAGGGCCAACAGUACCAACUUUUACUCAACCUGUUCCUGUCAGAAGAAGUCUUGGAUCUCGAAUCUACCAGCGACUCUUCAAUUAACAACCUCGAUGAAUUAGUGAAGAAAAUGCCCAUGUUAAAACGAUUUAUUGGUUACGAAUAUAAAAUUAUUGAACCUGCAUUCAUCGACCAGGGCCAACAGGGCUUUGUGUUCCGGUUUCGAUACAAUGGAAGGGAUCUUUGCCUGAAGUUGUUUUAUGAAUACACUGCACCAUAUGAUGCCGAACAUGUAGCUUUUACAAGCCCGUUUGGAUGUGAAUCACGUGCAUUUGCUCGUCUAUGCGAUAUGCAUGAAAAUGGCCACUGGGCGGUGCGGUGUCAUGGAUGGAUGUGUCUAACAGACUCCCAACUUCAGCAGCUUUGGGAAGUAAGCGGGCGGGUGAGGUAUGACCCAAAUUGGUAUCGGGCCCGCUGGGCUAUCGUGAAGGACUUCAUCGCUGAUGAGCCACCGAGCCCUGAAGAGAAGGGGUUUGAAAGUAUCAUUUCAAAUUUUUGCAUUCCGAAACGCGGCCGUAUCCUGCCUCGCGAUGUCAAGAAGUCGAAUUAUAGAGGGGACCGGAUUGUAGAUCUGGGAUCUACUAUUACCUUCCCUUUCUAUCGCCGUUAUGCGAGUUGGACGGAUUUCACGGACUUCUUCAGUGACUUCGACACAAAUGAAUUACCUCUAUGGGACAGGGACAUGUAGAUAAUAUAGUGAUAUUCUAGUUCCCUUCCCGUGUCUUUCGAAAGUUUACAGUACAAGUU